AUGCUCACUCGUCAGAUGAUUAGGCAGUUACGCACGUCAUCCUUUCUGGUCAGCCGUAGCUUUGCCGUGCUCACUGUUGACACGAUGAAUCCCAACAUUGUCAAGGCUGAAUACGCUGUGCGUGGUGCGCUAGUGCUGCGCUCGAAUGAUUACGCGGACCGAUUGGCCCGCGGAGACAAAUCACUUCCCUUUGAUAAGGUCAUUCCAUGCAACAUCGGCAACCCGCAAGUGCUCAAACAAGAGCCUAUUGAAUUUUAUCGUCAGGUGCUAGCGCUCGUCAAUGUACCGGGUCUCGUCGACAAGCCGGAGGCGCACAAGAUCUUUGCACCGGACGCGAUCGCUCGCGCCAAGCAUUACAUCGACAAUAUUGUGGGCGGUACAGGCGCGUAUGGACAUAGUAAGGGCUCGAAUGUCGUGCGUGAGGAAGUCGUGCGAUUCAUGGAGCGUCGUGAUGGCCAUCCCGCCGACCCGGAGGACAUUUACCUCACCGAUGGCGCGAGUCCUGCUGUCCAGAACUCGCUGCUGACUUUGAUACGCAACGAGAAUGACGCCAUCUUGGCCCCAAUCCCUCAGUACCCGCUAUAUUCGGCGGCCAUUGCCAUUAACAGUGGCUCUUUGGUGGGCUACUACUUGGAUGAGGAAAAUGUCUGGGGUCUUGACGUGAAGGAACUGACACGUGCUGUGAAGGAAGCUCGUGAUGCAGGCAGGAUCGUGCGUGCAAUGGCUGUGAUCAAUCCUGGCAAUCCCACGGGUCAGUGUCUGUCAGUGGAAAACAUUGAGAUGAUUAUCAAGUUUUGCAAGAAGGAGAACAUUUUGAUUCUAGCUGAUGAAGUCUAUCAGGAGAACGUAUAUGCUGAGGGCAAGAAGUUUUUGUCGUUUAAGAAAGUAUUGCGUGAUAUGGGCAAAGCUUAUGACGACGUGGAGCUCAUUUCGUUUCACUCGACAUCGAAGGGUUUCACGGGUGAGUGUGGUCGUCGUGGUGGCUACAUGGAGCUGGUGAAUAUUGAUAAGAGCGUCAAAGACCAGAUUUACAAGCUCAUGUCGGUAAACUUGUGCUCGAACAUAGAGGGUCAGCUAAUGGUGGGAAUGAUGACAAAUCCGCCACAGCCCGGCGAUGCGUCGUACGAGCGGUACACCGAGCAGCGUGAUGGUAUCCUUGGGUCGCUCAAGCGCCGUGCGAUGAAGCUUGUGAAGGCUUUCAACGAGCUAGAGGGAGUCACGUGCAACGAGACCGAGGGUGCGAUGUACACGUUCCCAAACAUCACGCUUCCGUCGAAGGCAAUUGAGGCCGCCAAGGAUGCAGGCAUGGCGCCUGACGCAUUCUACUGCACACAGAUGUUGGAUGAUACAGGAAUUGUGGUUGUGCCAGGCUCGGGUUUCGGCCAGAAGGAGGGUACGUGGCACUUUCGUUCAACGAUUUUGCCGCCAGAGGAGGCUAUAGACGAGGUGAUCGAAAAGACGUCCAAGUUCCACGUCAAGUUUAUGGACAAGUAUCGUUAG